UUGCUCUAAUUAUAUUUGAUAUCCCAGAUUCAACUACAACUGAAUUAACUGCAACUUCAACUUCUUAUAUCGAUACGACUCUAGCAUCCCAAAACGUUACAACAAAUAAAGCUCAACAACCAAUAAGCGUAACACAAGAGACCAGUUCAGUACAAGCAACAGAUAAAACACAUGACGCAAAUACAGUGGAAACUACAACAGAUAUGACUUCAACGAAGUUAACAAUACGUCAUACAACUAAGAGUCACGUGACUUCUAAUGUGGCUAGUGUGACAAAAGAACCUGACAUUAAUACGAGUAUCAAGUCAGAUCAAACAAACAUAACUAAAGAUAUAACAGUUAUCCCUGAAGAUGGGACAUCUAUUUCAGUCACAGCAGAAACUAAAACUAUUAAUAUGAAGACGUCAGAGCCGGGUAUCAAACCAAUAACCAAUGUAGAAACAUCGACCGCAAAAUCAUUCGUAACCACAGAGUAUAAAACAAAACCAGCAGAUAAGCAAUCAAAAGCACAACAAAUCACUCUUACCACUACAGGAUAUCAAACAAAAGUACAAACUACCAACGGCUCAAAAAAUCCAACGACCAACCCCGUCUCCACAUCAACCUUAAGCACUACUAAGAAACCAACAAAAACCAGGACAAGUACAAUCAAGUCAACUGCUACUGCUACGUCAUCGGCAUCCUUUACUGAAAAGCCAACAAAAAUCUCAACACUGAAAUCAGAUACAACUAGCGUUACAUCAGCAUUGAGAUCAACCACAAAACCAGCAAAAACAAAUACAACAACACCGCGUACUACCAAACAAUUAACUACUACAUCCACCUUAACAUCGCAGUCAAGAACAACUACAGAGCCUACAGAAAAGACGAAAACAACAAAAAAAUUAAGAACAACAACCACCACGUUACUGGUAAGAUCGACAACAAAACCGACAAAAAUUUCGACAGCUUUACCAGCGUCUACCAAAAAAUCAACCACAACUGCCGCCACAUCUCCACCCAGCUCAACCAAACAAUCAGUCUCUACGACAGCGUUUAGAUCAACAAGAUUGACCACCACUCAAAAGAAAAUGACCAGACCAACAACAGAAUCUUCAACAAGAAAAGCGACAACAAAAACACGUUUUAAAACAACUAAACCCGCUCCGCAAACUACGUCAACCACAAUAACAGCUCGGCCUUCUGCUCCUAGUACAAAGUCCUAUCAAACAACUUUACGAAAUUUUGAUUUUUUUAAUAAUACCAUAAAUGAAGACGUAUAUGUAAUUACGACACUUUCGACAAAUGACACAGAUAUUCCUAAUAUAAUAGUAGUUGGACGACAAUCCGCCUCUGAUGAUCCGCCCGUCCGUACUCUUUUGAUCGGACUAGCAGCAGGGGUGGCCAUAGGACUUGUGAUUGUUGUUGUAGGGUGUUAUCUGUGGAUUCGAAGGAAGCGCAGGAAGGACCUAGAAUGUGAUGAAAUGAUGCCCAUCACAGGAACAGGCUCUCAAGAAUGGUAAAUGAUCUCAAUUUCAAUAAACUGGAAAGAAACUGACUCCGAUAGAUUUUUUUUCAAUUUAACUAAAGGAAACGGUUUAUUAAUUUUUUUUUCUCAAUUCUUAAUUCUGAUGGCGUUUAACAUCGGCCAAGGAAAGAGCGCUGUGUGUUAAUUUCAACAAUGAUCUGAUUUGUUAAAAUUCGACGUGUGAUUUUCAGAGUAAUGUUCAAGUACUAGUACUUAGACUUAUUGUGUUAAUGUAAAAUAGAUGGCAUAAAACAUAUGUUUUUCUUUCAAUGGAUAAUAUCAAAUGUUGUUCUUUUAACUUUCUUCAUUUUGAAUGAUAUACAUGUAUAACUAAAUGUGUUUAUUUGCUGUAGAUAAAUUAUGAUUUAAUGA